AUGCUGAAUCUGCUGGUGCUGGCACUGCCUCUCCUGCUGAGCCCAGUCCACAUGGCCCCUGCCCCACGCCAGGCCCUGGAGCGAGUGAACAUCGUGGGAGGGAAGGAGGCCCCUGGCAGCAAGUGGCCCUGGCAAGUGAGCCUGAGAGUCAAACAUCAAUACUGGGAACACUUCUGCGGGGGCUCCCUCAUCCACCCCCAGUGGGUGCUGACCGCGGCACACUGCGUUGGACCGGACUUCAAAAGUCCCACAGACCUGAGGGUGCAGCUGCGGGAACAGCACCUGUAUUAUCGUGACAAGCUACUGCCCAUCAGCCGGAUCAUCGUGCAUCCUGAGUACUACGCCAUCCAGGCGGGGUUUGACAUUGCCCUGCUGGAGCUCGAGGACCCUGUGAACAUCUCCUGCCAAGUCCAGCUGGUUACUCUGCCCCCUGCCUCAGAGACAUAUCCUCCUGGCUCCUCUGCCAGGGUCCAUGCAUGUGCCAAGCCUGUGUAG